AUGGAGGCUGAAAUUCGAGACGAGGACUAUCGAUUGGGACCCUCGGCCAUCGAUGAUCCCCUCGCCGCCCAGCAUCACCGACCAUCCCAACUCCAGCAGCAAUACCAACUACACACGCACACGCACUCACACCCGCACCAGCUCCACCACUACAACCAGCGCCUGCACGAGCACGAGCACGAGCACGAACGCGAGCAGGCCUACCCCGAUUAUUCUAGCCACCAUCGCCAGCACUUAGGCCAAUCCGACGAUCCCCGAUUACACUCGUCGUUUCUUGACCCGGCUUUUCCACCUCAUCCGCGUUCACCCCCUUCCAGCACGGCCCAACCGACCCAAAUCGCCUCACCUGUUAGCAGGUACACAGAUACCAAUUCGAGCGCCUUCACCGCCAAUAAUCUAGCCUUGACUUCACUAGAUCCUCAUGACUUCUAUAGGAGUUACCAAGCUGUGGAUACUGGUGCACUAGCUGCCCGCGAAGAAGACGUCCCAAUGGCGACUACAGCCUCUUCGCGAACCGACAUCUCACCCUCUCAGUCAACUCCUAGCCAUCCGUCCUCCCGACAUGCUCCGGCCGCCAACGGCUCUCGUACCCCCCUCCGCCAAAAUCUACGCUCCGUCUCCGCCCCUCUCGGCAAUGAUCGCCCUCCGCUUAGUCUUCCCAAGGCGGGCUCGGCAGGCCAACCCAGCGUCAAGGACCUGAGGAAAAAGUUUGAUCAGGGCACCUCACCGUCUAUGAUUCCUCGACCGCCUGCUCGUUCCUCGUUGAUACACCGUCCUACGUACUCAUCCAGGAGUAGAGCCACGACGCCGACAACCGGGCUAGCCAGACCUAGCCAAGCCUCCAGCACCACCUCCUCUAGGUCCACUGGCGCAAGAAACCAAUCGUCAACAACCGAUCUGGGCCGCUCGAGCGGGUCGAGGUCAUCUCAGACCGGCGGUGGACAAUCGUUUGCUAGCCGGAUCAACAAGCCCAAGUCUAGUGCUUCCUCCAAAUCCCUAAACGCAAAGCCUAUGACCCAAACCUCCCGCCAUCAAUCCUCGGGCUCUUCGCCUUCGUCUGCCGUCUCGCAUUCACGGAACCCUUCUCACUCUUCGCAACCCAUAUUAUUUGGCGAGAUCCUCCCGGAACAACGCGACACGCUGGCGUUAGGCUACGGUAUAGAAGACGCCCUUCCGCGGCAGCCCUCGGACGUCGAAUCCGACUCACGGCGGCAGGCUCUCCCCGAUUCGGGAGACGCCGCCCCAGACUCUCCAACCGACUGGUACCGACCUGAGAAAGCGACCUCCAGCAGUGAACCUUCUGCCCGUUCUACGUCAACGCUACACCCCGACCAGCAAGAUGGUAGCAAUAAUGCUCUCCCCCCUAGCUCUCCGGGCUCCCGUCAUCGACCGACCUCACCCGCUGUCAAACGACCAGGAUCGAGCCGACGAUUCAACAGCAUAUCUAGCGAUGCGGGUCUGCCCCCAUCCGGCCUGCCUUCUCCGAGUUUUAGGCGAUCCUACGACUCAAAAUCCUCCUCCAGGGCUGGGACUCCUUCGGGAAACCGAGCGAAAACCCCGACAGAACCGCGUUCCGGUCGGAAGCAGCCGCCCCGGAAUAUCAUUACCCCAAUCAACACUACGAACAAUAGCACUAGACUUAGUGCGAUCAUAUCGACACCGCCGCCUAAACUCUCACCACCCCUUAGAAGCUCUAGACCCAGGCAGCCCGUGUCAGUUGCUACCACUGCGAGUUCUAGGUUGAAAUACGCCGACCGCACACCAAAGUCGCCGAAUAAGCAGUCUUGGAAAUCGCCAUCAGCGAGUGAUGACAAGAGUACACGGAGGAGGAAACCAUCUGUUGGCAAUAUUGACUUUGAACAGCGAAGGGAGCACGUCAAAUUAGCCUAUCGAAAGUCCAUCCGACAGUCUAGAAUCCAAGAUGCGAAGCGAGCAGCGAAGAAUCGACCGAGCGACGAAGUCGAAGUUGUUCCGGAGUCAGAGGCGACUCCAACCUCCGACCAGCCCACGAUUACGUUAUUAGACGGCACACCGACAGACGUCCCAUCUCUGAAGCUCGUGCCCGAUGAAUCGAUAGAACCUGGCGAUACCAGAGAGUCGCGGGACAUCAUCCUGUUUGACAAGGAUAUUCCCGAUGCGACCGCUGACUCUCCCACUCUGGGAAUCCCUGGCAGUUUCCCCGCUAUGAGUCCGCCACUUGGCUCCGACGAGAUAGCUCCUCCAUCCGCAGUAUCGACAACUUCUGAUAUGACCGAGUUCGAUAAUGAACCUCAGACCGAUCUGGACAUACAACUCUCUUCCGCAGCAGCAGUUAUCGGGGGCGAUGAUGCUUAUCCGAAUAAUGCAGUUGCGGAUGCGGAAAGUCGCAACAUUCAGGAUGAGGACAAUCUCCCUACGCCCGCCAGGGCCGAAUACCAAUACCCAUUUGAGGAAGAUGAAGGGAAUCUAAACGAAGAUCAAAUUAACGAGAACACCAAUCUCCCCGAGGAAAUGGUGGUAGAGAUAGGUCUAGAUAUCAUGGACACCCCUACACUGCCGCCUGAAGACAUGGUAGCCCGCGUCGAAUUCGAACGGGUCGAAUUCGAACAGCCUUCCGUGCCCGGUGCCUUCAAGGACGACUACGAGGUUUCUCCCUAUGCUCCAGACUCUUACGAGACCAGAGUACGCGUAUUGAGGCGUGAGUCUGACAUGUCUCAGUUCACUGGAUCGCAACAUAGCCAUGCGCCCUUUCCAGCCUACGACUACGAGGAGCGGGGAUAUAGUCUCGACCUUGAGGCCCGGGAUGUUCUUAAUAACAUCCACCACGGUGGCGAGGAUUCGCUUACGGAUGAUGCUUGCUCUGCGGAGGCUCAGGAGGACGGCGACAAUAACGAGGCUUAUUAUUCCCCCCAGGCGUACCUAAGGAACGGCGCUUCAUCUAACCGAGCAUCGACUUGCGAAUCAUUUGACGCUUCCCAUUCCGACGAGCAUCAUGCGGCGUUGACGGCAAGCGGGCUUGGUAUUAGACGGACUCCUGAUCCGGGGCAAAUGCUAGGAGUCCCUUCCAUGCUCAUGUCUGGCAACCGGUCGAGUCAACACUCAAGUUGGACGGACUUUUCUAUUGAUAGCAGUGAGCCCUCCGACGGUGUUGCGCCAAGAUCGUCGAGAAAUCGGCUCGACCCAUCACCCUUACCCAAGCACGCCACCAAGUUCCCCGACGAGGACCUGAUCGCCGGGAGCCUUCAAUUAUCGGCAAGAGAUGAUGCACAUCUCGCCUCCGUGGAAGACACAGAUGGAGAUGAGCAAUCCUACACUAUCAACCAUCAACUGCCCGAACUGGACACGGGCGAAGGAUUCGAGAUCCCGUAUCUGGCCCAGAAGCCCAUAGAAGAGGAAGAGGAACCACCCCAGCCAGAGGCUACGGUGCCGCUACCCGCUCAUGAACCGCCCCCGAUACCAAUCGUCGAGAGCGAAGUGCGUCAGACGCCUGCGAGCAGCCUCUACGAACAGCCUGGUAGUACCCUGGUUGGUUCUCAGCGCGAAAGUGAGGAGUUUACGCAUUCGCCCUCGGUUCGUGAGUCUAUGCACCGACCAUCUUUUGAUCAUUCCGGAAUAGGUCAACAGGCAGAUACAGUCGAUGAUGUCAGCACUAUUGCUGGCACGGAAAGACACGAACGGUCCAGCAAGGAGAGGCAUCGUCUCGUCCAACGACGAAACGUACUUAAGGAACUUGUUGACACAGAGGCCAUCUUCGUCCGCGACAUGAACGUCGUCGAGGAGAUAUACAAGGGUACGGCGGAGGCUUGUCCGAAGCUUGAUGACAAGACAAUCAAGUUGAUAUUCCGGAAUACGGACGAGAUUAUCGCAUUCCAUACGGCAUUCCUGUCCCAGCUGAAAGAGGCAGUUGCUCCGGUAUAUCAACUUGCAGGCAGGAAAUCCCCGCCUCCUGGGGAGGACUCCAGGGCGUCGGAGGUGACGAUUAAUUCAUCAGGCAGCCACUCCACGACUAAUGAACCAGACGACGAAAAGGAUCGCCUCGUCGCACUCGGUCCCGUAUUCAAAGCGAACAUCGACAUGAUGAAGGCGGCACAUGAGGGGUUCCUCAGGAACAGCGACCAGGCUGCCAAGAGGCUCAUUCAAAUUCAGCAAGAUCGAACAGUCAACGUCUGGCUUACCGAGUGUAAUGAGGUAGCGAAAGAUCUAACGGCAGCUUGGGACUUGGAUUCCCUCUUGAUCAAGCCCAUGCAGCGAAUCACCAAGUACCCGAAUCUCAUCAUUACCCUCCUCCAGCAUACCGCCGAGGAUCACCCCGACCGUGCAGCGCUAGUGGGCGCCAAGGAAGCCCUAGAGACUGCCAUUAUCGAAAUUAACAAGACAAAGAAAAACUUUGAGCUUGUCGGCCAGAUAGUGGGCCGAAAGCGAAAAGAAUCCGACGUAAAGGCCGGCUUCGCCAGGGCUUUCGGCAAGCGCGUCGACAAACUGCAGGCGUCCAAUAACCGCCCGGCCGAGGAUGCCGCAUACGUCAAGCUGCGCGAGCGGUUUGGCGAUGAUUAUCUCCGGCUUCAGGUAGUCCUCCGUGAUGUCGAGUUUUACACGCGCCAAGUAACUUCGUACGUUCACGAGUUUCUUCAAUAUCUGUCGUCCAUGGAACUUGUCAUGAGAUUGCAGGCGAGUCCAUUCCCGGAGGUCGAGAGCAAAUGGGUCCGGUUCAAUGUGUCCAUGAGAGACAUUGAAAAGGUUGCAUUAGAGAAUCAUCUCUCACGGGUCAGGAAAAACGUGAUUGAACCCUUCGAGAUGGUGAUCAAGUCCUACGGAAACCCAUCUCUUGCAAUGAAGAAACGGGCGAAACGUCGGCUAGACUACGAAAGGGCGGAACAGCUCAAGAAGAGCGGGAAGACUAUUGACUCGAAGCUAAAGGAGCUCGUAGAGCAAUACGAGGCUCUCAACGACACCCUGAAGAAGGAACUCCCCAAACUGUCGGAGCUCACGGUCAAGGUUGGCAACAUCUGCUUAGCGAACUUGGUGAACUUGCAGGUGGAAUGGUAUUCCAUUUGGAAGGAGAAGGUCAAGAUGCCACUUGAGGGCUGCGACGAGGUGCCGGAAAUCAACCAUAUUAUCUCGGCCUUCCAAGGAGAUUACCAGUUCGCGCUUGAUGCUGUAUCAGCGAUCGGCAUUGUCAACCCGUCGUGCAAACCAAGGACAUCUCAGUCAACGAGAGCGAGCACGGACGAAAGCAUCACAAAGAUUCGCCCACGACCAACAGAGCUGUCGCUCCGAGGCAGGGGCCCUUCGGUUAACGGCGACGGUCCACCCAGUCUUCCGACGCCUGAAUUUGCAGGCAACAACAGUGCUGGCAGCUUCACGAUCUCGCCAACAAGCGUUACCCUUCCCAGCCCGCACCAAUACUACUACCAAAACUACUAUACGGGCACCAAUGGAUAUCGCGGUGGCGGUGUUUCUCCUAUUACUCCGGACGUUUAUGGCGCUUCGCGAUCGCACACUACUGGGGUUACAGCCCGUCCAAGCACCGGGCGGAGCUUCGAUUCAGUUGGAGUGCCGAGACAAAGUUGGGAGUCUAAUAACGCCAACAACGUAAGGGAUUCGAACUCGACCUCAUAUAAUGUGACAUAUCCCGGAUCGGACGGUCCUCGGCGCUUCUCUGGACUCUUCCAUUCGGCACUGCCACUGCCGGAUGAAACAGAAGAGAGCCAAAGAUCCUCGCGGGCUUCGUCAAGAGAACGGCCAGCAGCAUCGGGCGGGUACAAUAUUCUCUGGCUUGCAGCCUCGCUCUUUGAGUUUCACAUUGAAACCACCAAGCACGAGGCGGGGUACCCCUACCUCGUAUAUGAGGCUGGUGAGAUUUUUGAUGUCAUAGCGGAAAAGGGCGAAUUGUGGCUCGCAAAGAAUCAAGACGACGCUCGGGAGCGAGUUGGAUGGAUUUGGUCGAAACACUUUGCGAAGCUUGCCGAUUCUUAG